AUGGGGCAAUUGUUGACAACAAAAUGGCUACCAUACAUGGGAGCACUAGCAAUCCAAGGAUUCGCAGCCACAAUCCCGGUGGUAACAGUCGCACCCACUUCGGUUGUUACUGUAACGUCUACUUACUCCGAUACGGUGACCAGCACUAUUACAGGGGUUCUCCCAGUGACGACCGUUGAGACCACAUGUACUCCUGGUAGUGUUGCUCCAGAGUCAUGUAGCAAUUCGAUAUGGUCGGCGAAAGGCUCCUACUGGCAAGAAUGGUGCUCAGAUUCAUCUUUGGAAGGAGCACCAUUUAUGACCAUUCAUGGAGCAACCAGCCCUUAUGAAUGCUUCGUGUUUUGUGGCAUCUAUUCGAGCUGCCAAGGUCUCAAUUGGGAUGAUAAUGAUGAGUGUGUGCUGCUCACAGACAUCACGUCCACAGUGGAAGUGACUUCGUCUCAUUGGGCCGCAAUUGAACGUUUUUCAACCAACCCUUGCGUCGUCACCGUAACAGGCGCUUCUACCCAGCUUUCAACCGAGACAACGGUGAUGGAAUAUACAACAACUUACACAUCGACAAUUACAUUGUCGACGAGUGCUUCUGUCGCUUCCACUAGCCCUACAUCCAGUGUUGCCACAUCAACAUAUAUCUCGAGUGUGUCAACAUCAACGGCUUCGGCAUGCACUGUUUCAGCUCUUCCUACCACCACAGAUUGCGUCGACGGAUACUAUGUAUACAAUGAGGAAUACUACCAAGUGCUUUGCAGCGAUACCAUGCGGAGCUAUUCAGGCUUUCUCCCUAACUCCAGACAAGCCGACAUCUGGGGCUGUAUUGAGGUCUGCUCUACCUAUUCGAACUGUAUAGGAACAUUCUGGUUUCUGGGAAUCUGUUACUCGGAAAGUGGUGCUAUCGACUAUUCCUACGUGCCUUACGACUUCUACUACUGUACCAACCUCUUCGACAAUCCUAUCUUCGUCCACACUUGCGUCCUCAUCGGCCAUAUUGACUUCAUCAAACCCUAUAGACAAAUCUACGCCAGUCGUGCCAUCUGCAUCAACUGCUUCCCCUUCCACUCUUUCAAGCGCCUCUCCGUCUCCUGUGACAACGAAAUUGUCUACUUCAUCGGUCCCGUUAAUACGAACGUCCCCGGUCUCAAGCUUCAGGAGCUCUCCUUCUCUCGACUCCUCUGCUGUAGACUCAACAGUCCCAGUUUCCGUCCCCUUGAAGAGCUCUUCCGCACUUAUACCAGUGCAACCGUCCACUUCUCCAGUGUUUCAUUCAUCUCAUUCAUCAUCUGCGUCAUUGCCGCUUCUUUCCAAUUCUUUUAUUUCUCAAAGCUCUAUCAGCAACAUUCCCGCAGCUUCCAGUCAAAGCACCCCUCCGUCAGCCCGGCGCACUACGACCAUUUUUACAACCGAGACCCGUACCUCAGUCACUACGAUCUGUCCUCUGAAGGCUACCAAAACGGCUUCCACUCUACAACCAGCAGAUGUUACCUCCCCUGCCGCACCAAAGAUGACGACUUCAACUGUCUUCACCACAAGGGUGUACACUAUUACCGCCUGCCCUCCAUGGGUCUCAAACUGUCCUGCCUCCGACAAGACAACCAGCUACACAACAGAGAUCAUUCCCCUACAUCCAGCAACGGAGGCGUAUCUACUGAACAGCCUCAGGCCCUCACUACAUCCACUGUUUUCACUACCAAGGUGCAUACCAUGGCUGGGUGUCCACAACGAAGUCCCCACUGCGCAGCAUCUGAGAAGACCACCUACUACACGACAGAAACAAUCGCUGCAUACACAACUAUUUGCCCAGUUGCUGCAGAGGAGACGGGUACGCAUGCCUCCGGCCAAGCGACAGCUAUCGGGGAAGGGUCUAUCGGACCGAGCAGUGAAAGACUCAGUACAUCGACGGUCUACACAACCCGUGUCUACCCAACCACAGUCUGUCUAUCAUCUUCCACUACCUGUGCUGAUACAGAGCGAACGACGUAUUUCACGACAGAAACCGCCGUAGCAUCAGUCAGUGUCAUCACAUCAGCAGCUGUUGAUACUGCUGCAGACAAUUCAGGUGCUCAAGUUACUCCUUCCGGAGGAGAAUCCUCAGCGUCAACCAUUACAGCCGUUCUCUACACAACAGAGGUGUACAUGAAUACAAAGGGAACGAAAACUUACUUUACCACCUCCACCAUUCCGAUAACCACAACCAUGACCCCCACUGCCAGCGAAAUACCGCAAUUUUCACCUACCAGCGAAGCAAGAUCGGCAUUACUCGGACCACACAGUUCCCAGCAAGGGGUGUCGGGUGCAUCUACCAUUGGAUCCGGUGCCGACGCAGACGGCCAAAUUGGGGUCAGCGCCGAGUCUCAAGGAUCAUCCGGAGAGGGAUCUUCCUCACCAUCAUCCAGCAAUGGUGACUCCACUCACCUUGGCACAGCCGGUAGUCCUGGACCAUCCCCUCACGUUUCGCCCUGGACUGUUUCUAGUGUCGGAUCAGUUGUCAGCAGCAGUCUUAAUGUUAGUUCUUGGAGCAAUGGAUCUCAUUCUUUGGGUGUCCCGUCUCCUAGUCUCGGGCUCAAUCGCCCUACCCUUGGAAGUAUUGCUGGAAGUCACACUGCGUCUGUGUAUGCCUCUGGUACAUCUACGGUUGUCUCAGCGCAAUACACCGGUUCUGCGGCAAGGAGUGCAGUAUGGACUUGGCUCCCUUUUGUGGGUGUGGUUAUAGGCUACUUUCUGUGA